AUGGGUCGCUAUACGGGAAAAAGCUGCCGCUUGACUUUUAUGCUGGUUACCAUUGUUGUGUUUUUUUCCGCUGAAAUAAUGGCCGGUUAUGUCGGCAACUCCAUAGCGCUCGUUUCAGACUCCUUUAACAUGCUAGCGGAUAUCAUAUCGCUGUCUGUUGGCCUGACAGCCACCCGCCUUAGGCGCCGCAACGCUUCACAGCGCUGCACUUAUGGCUUGGCCCGGGUGGAGGUCGUCGGUGCGCUGGCCAAUGCCGUGUUCCUAUCUGCUCUCUGUUUCUCCAUUUCUGUCCAGGCGCUGGAGCGCCUUAUCAAGCCGGAGCCCAUUGAGGAGCCGAUGCUGGUACUGGUCGUCGGCGCAGUAGGUUUGGGCAUUAACAUAAUAGGACUGCUCAUCUUCCAGGACUGCCGCUGGCUAUGUAGACGAUGCGGGCGCGGAGCUCCCCAGGACACAGAUCCAGAGACCGUGAAUGAGAAAGCCGACUUCCAACAAAGGACAGACUCACCAGAAGUAGACCAGAAUGAGGAUGAACGCCAAGCCCUGAAUAUUAAAGGAGUGUUACUCCACUUACUGAAUGAUGCUCUGGGAUCAUUUGUGGUGGUGGUGGCUGCAGUUAUAUUUCACAUCUGGCCUGUGGCCCCUGACAGCCCCUGUACAUGGCAGUGCUACGUGGACCCCAGCCUGACAUUGCUCAUGGUGGCCGUCAUCAUGUCCUCAGCUGCUCCUCUGAUUAAAGAGACCACCACCAUCCUGCUGCACAUCAUCCCGGCCACCCUGCCCUUUCCCCAGAUCUUGGAGCAUGUAUGUGAGCUGCCAGGGGUCCUUAGUGUCCAUGAUGCACACGUGUGGCUCCUUACAAAGGGUCGGACUGUAGCGACGCUGCAUGUGAGAGUGGCUAAGGAGCUGCAUCGCUCCCUUGGUGAACUCGAGACCCUCCACAGGCAUGUCCGAGAGGUGUUUCACAAAGCAGGGAUCCACAGUGUUACUGCUCAGCUGGAGUUCGGUGAUGGAGGCCUGAAGCCUAGCCACUGUAGCGCCCCCUGCCUGUCACCCACCUGCAUGAAAAUCUCCUGCUGCCCAGCUGGUGUUCCAGCCUUCACAAUCUUUAAAGCAAACCUGCCCUUGUACCAUUCAGGAAUGAGCAGUGACAUGUAUGACAUGAAGAGUGUGCUUAAAGAACAGGAGGCAAUGCCAUCAGUGAUCUCAUACCCCCAGACCACACGGUUUUAA